CCUUUGCUCACUGCAAGUCUCUCUCUCUUCCUUCUGGGUUUUGGUUUCUGAAAAAGAUUAAAAAAAAAAAGACCCAUAAAAGAGUUAGAGAGAGAGAGAGGUCUGUGAGCCCUCCGCCGUCAUGAUGGGAUCUUUAGUGGUGGCGGAAUACAAGGUGUCCUUUCUUGGUUUAAAGAUGUUCGUCUUUUGGUGGUAAUGUGGAGGCUUCAACACCUUCGCCAUGGCUACUGAUUCUUCCUUCGAUGGUGCUAUUUUCGACUCGCCGAAAUGUAGUAAGUUGAGUAUGCAAGAGAAGAGAGAACUUGUUUAUGAAAUUUCGAGGUCACACGGUGCGUGUGAGAAACUGCAGUCAUGGAGUCGUCAAGACAUUCUACAAGUGCUGUGUGCAGAGAUGGGGAAAGAAAGGAAAUAUACAGGCUUGACGAAGCAGAAAAUAAUAGAGCAUCUUUUGAGACUUGUAUCCGAAAACAAGUCAUCGGUGCCUGAGGUUUCGAAAAACAUUGAGCCACAGUCUCCUGCAAGUGGCCAUAAAACUACCAAAAGGCAGAGGAAAUCCGAUCAUCUAGUUCCUACAAGUGACUUUCCGAGCACUAGUUCUCAUAAUGAUUCGGGUCAUACCGUGAGCUGCAAGAACUUGGCUUGUCGAGCGACUCUAAAUCCAGAAGAUACGUUUUGUAGAAGGUGUUCUUGCUGCAUCUGUCGUCAGUAUGACGAUAACAAGGAUCCUAGCUUGUGGAUAAGUUGCAGUGCGGAGCCUCCGUUUCAAGGUGACUCGUGCAACAUGUCGUGUCAUCUCGAAUGUGCUUUAAAAGAUGAAAGAUCGGGCAUUUUGAAAGCCGGACAAAGCAGGGGAGUUGAUGGGAGCUUCUACUGUGUGUCUUGUGGGAAACUAAACGAUUUGCUUGGGUGCUGCAGAAAGCAACUAGUUCAUGCGAAAGAAACACGAAGGGUCGACAUACUGUGUUAUCGUGUCUCUUUGAGCCAAAAGCUUCUCCAUGGAACUGAAAGGUAUAAAGUGCUUUAUCAGAUUGUUGAUGAAUCAGUGAAGAAGCUUGAAGCUGAAGUGGGACCAAUAGCUGGUGCACCGGUAAAGAUGGGUCGAGGUAUCGUAAACAGGCUUUUAUCUGGACCCGACGUUCAAAAACUCUGUGCUUCUGCUAUUGAGUUACUCGAUUCGAUGCUCUCCAGCAAAUCCUUACAUAUUGUGCCUAAUCCUGACAUUCAAGAUGCAAGUUUUGUUCCGACAAACAUGGUUCGAUUCGAAGAUGUUCGGUCGACAUCCCUCACUCUGGUUUUGAGUUGUGAAUAUGGAUCAUCCUCUGAGAACCGGGUCGGCUUCACGUUAUGGCAUCGUAAGGCGGAUGAUGCAGAUUAUCCAACAGAACCAACAUAUAUUCUACAACAACCGAAGGCGAGGUGUGUCGUGAUGGGACUAUCACCUGCUACUGAAUAUCAUUUCAAAAUUGUUUUGUUUGAAGGGACAAGGGAGUUGAGGGAGUUUGAAGUUCAAUUCUCAACAAUUAGGGAGGUAGAAGAGAACCCAGGUUGUUUAGAAAUUGAGAGAAGCCAAAGCCAUGCAACCAACUGUAGCGACCUUUCGAAUCCUUCUUCGGUUGAAGACGAAACUACUGACAUUCUUCCCUAUAGUGAUCGAACCGAUAACGUAGGAAAGAACUCGACCGCCCAUUCAAAGGGCACGGAAAUGCAUUCCUCUGCUAUUUUAUCCACUGAUGCUUUUAACCUCAGUGACAAUGGUGAAGAAGGAACGGCAGCAGGAACAGUACCUGUGCUGGAUGAGGCAAAUGCUGCUGGAAUUGUAUGUUUGAUUCCAAACUCUGUCGGAUCAAAGCUCGAGAACAGGCAUGGAUCAUCUGCGCCGAAACUCAACACCAAUAAUCAAUUAGGCGCUCUGGUUCGGUCUGGAAUGGAGCGCCAGCCGUUCGUUGGCUGUUCUGAAGAUGGCUUGCCUAUUACACCCUGCAAGCUUGAAGUGCUAAAGGACAGUCUUGGUAGGGGUGAGAGACUGGAAUCCAACUGCAAGGACGUUGACAACAGGACUCGAAAAGGUGGGGAACCUCAAGACGGUGGCACGUCGAAGAUGCGAACUGGGGAAAGACAGGACGAUAAAUGUACUGAAAAUGGUGUUUCGGAUCGGGAUUUUGAACACUAUGUGAAGGUUAUUAGAUGGUUAGAGUGCGAAGGACAUAUCGAAAAAAAUUUCAGACAGAAGUUUCUUACUUGGUACAGCUUGAGAGCAUCCCAACAAGAAGUGAAGAUUGUGAAAGUGUUUGUGGAUACCUUCAUUGAAGAUCCAGCAUCUCUUGCAGAACAACUUGUAGAUACUUUUUCGGAAUGCAUAUCGAGCAAAAAACCGACGACGACACCGCCCGGGUUCUGCAUGAAGCUGUGGCACUGAUUUCUGGUAUGAAGUUCAAUCUGAAACUGUUGAAAAGUAUGAUGAUGGUAGCUAUGACCAUGUAAAUAUUGGUAUUUUUCAUUUUACUAAAUAGUCUGUUGGAUUUGGUUAAUAAUGCGAGAGGAUCAGCAUUGUUUGAUUUCAAAGUCUGGCGUUUCUUUUUGGUACAAAA